AUGGACCAACCAAAGACAUCCAAGCUCAGUACAGAGAAUAACAAGCGUCUCCUAAAUCGUUAUGGGAUAGUUCCGCGCAGAGGGAAUCUUCUUCAUCACCAGAAAUAUUUUGAUUUAGGUGAUUUUGCCCUCAUGCAAGCUUAUAGGUCUUCUAACAUCGGUAUUAUCGCAACUGGUAGCGAACACCCCAUUAAACGGGAUAUAUCGGCCCCUCUAUGUUCAGUACCAGGGUCUAGCAAUCUUAGUGAAAAUGCUGAUCGGUCUUUGUUGGCUGAGAAGAAGACUGGCGAGCUAGAGCUUACUGCCCACAGCCACCUUCAACAAGAGACAGAAGCCCAGCAAGAGAACGAGUCUCGUGAAACAAAGCAGGAACGAGGCGUUUAG